CGACAGUGCAGUGAUAUGCUUAUAUCUAUUGCUAGAUACAUACAAAUUAUCUUAUAAACUGCAAAUACACAUACAGCGCGCACACAAACACAUACUUUAUAUACCUACCUACCUACAUACAUACAUAAUACAUACAUACACACUCACACACACACAUAUAUAUAUAUAGAUACACAUACACAUAUAUACACGUGUAACUGUCCAUCCAUCCACAUAUACACACGCACGUAUAAUCUACAGAGACAUUUGUAUACGUAUCCCUCCAAACUUACGCUCAUACACAUAUGUACAUAAACAUAUACACAUCUACAUAUAUAAUGUUUCCUGACACGAUAUAGUAGAAUUGAUCUUGUUAUUGAACUAGUUUUAUUUUAUUUCGUCAAAAAUAUGCCUCCAUUUAAUUAGUGGAAAUGAAUAACAACUGAAGAUAUAUUUAUACACCUACCAGUGAGGAAAUCGGAUUGUAUAGAUCGAGUUUCAACCUUUUCUUCUUCUCUUUCUGAGAUUUUCUUUCUACAUGGCGUUGCAUUAAUGGUAGCCAUGAAUGCCAGGAAUAUGAACCGCAUGUAUCGGUUUACUAUUUUUCUGUUUUUGCAAUUCUCUUUUUGACGACAUAUUGGCAGAAUACAAGAAAGGUUUUUCUUCUUUUUAGUGAAACUGCACAGCAUACAUACUUAAUAGUAAAUCUAAGCAGAAGAACGUGCAUACGAAGCUGCAUUAUACCUUGUGCAACUAACAAACCUACGUAUUGCAAAACAAUUCUAAUUCCUAUGGAUAAAACGGAUCAUAAUUUCUAUCUCACUUUCAUGCAAUGACAAUUUAGAGACACAUAUUCUCAUAGAAGUUAGACUAAGUCUGUGUUGGCGAGUUGUUUAUAUGGUUUAACAUGCAACAGGUUGCAGUGAUACGACGAGACGGAAACCUUCAUUAUAUUUCUGUUUUUGGAUAAAAUCAAUGUCAAGAUGGAAAUGGCUAAAUUCCUAACUCUGCUGGUUACAGUGGUUCAAGACGUGUUACAUCCACGUUUGCUCCAGGAUACAACCAUUGACUAUGACACUUACAAUGAUACCUUUGAUCAAGAAUCGAUUGAUGAAUUACAAGGCAAAUGUUCUAGCCAGUAUUUUGGAUAUAAAUGCAAAUUUAAAUGCCAUUGUCAAAGAGAUGAACCUUGCGAUAAGUUGGACGGAACUUGUUAUUCAGGAUGUGCAGAUGAUUACUGGGGACCUGGCUGUCAAUUAUCGAAAAAUUGCUACUACAAUGGCAACAUCAAACAGUAUAUGGGAAAAAAAUCGGUAACAGCUAAUCUUUACACCUGUAAAAAAUGGGAAGACCAAGAUAUUUACAAACCAGAACAUUUUGCAGACAAGGUUUACCCUGAAAAUUACUGUCGUGUGACUCAUGAUUCUAAAAAGAAUUGGUGCUAUACAACCGACCGGAAAAUGCGCUGGGACUAUUGCAACGUGAAAGAUUGCAAAUGCAUUGCCGGUCGGUUUGGAAAUAAUUGUGAAAAAGAAUGUCAUUGUAAAGAUCCUGACGAAGUGUGUAACAGCAUCCUUGGUCAUUGCACCAGUGGUUGUGCCUUGGGAUGGACUAAUCCUGAUUGCCAGAAAGAGGAAGCUUGUCCUGCUAACACAUAUGGUUGGGAUUGUUCCCAGAAGUGCUAUUGUAGAGAUCCUUCUAACUGUCACAGGCUAAGAGGACCUCUACCAUCCUGUGAAUGUAAAGAGGGUUAUUUUAACCGGCCAAAUUGUCAACGAGUAACGAAGCCUCGAAUCGUGGAUUUUAAGAACAAACGCGUGAAUCCCGGAGAAUAUACGGUUUUCAACUGCACUAUUUCAGCCUUUCCUACUCCUCGGCGAAACGAUAUUACUCUCAGGAGCUCUGUUAAGAAACAAAUUACACUAAGUGAAUCUCACGAAUUAAAAACAUUCAAAAAUAGUCGGGCCAAUAUUUUUAAAGUAAAUUCUGUGGCCAAAAAUGAGAAAUAUACAUGUUAUAUGGAUGGCGAGUCUGGUAAGACGUCUCUUACGAUUCCUGUCGACCUGUAUGAACCGCCUGUUUUACGAUCUAAACCUGUGGUGCCCAGGAAUAAAAUAUCAGCUACAAACAUGACGAUUGAGUGGACUCCAUGGAACCAACGAAAUGGAGAUAUUGGUGACCCCCCAAUCCUAUGGUAUACAAUAUGGGUGAAAACAGCAGCGGAAACUAAUUUUAGGAUGAUGGGUCUCAUUUACCACACGUUCUGUCGUGAAAAAAGAGUAUGUAGCCACAUAAUUCAAGAACUUCGACCAAGUACACGAUACAAAAUCUAUAUUGUUACAAGGAGAGAUGGCGAUGGAGGUUCGGGCCCACCAGGACCAAGCAUAUUUGCGAAAACAUUAUGCAGCAAACCUGAUUUACCUCCAAAAGUUGGUCAAUUGUUAUCAGCACCACAGUAUAACAUCUCAUACCCUAAAACGAAGAUUACGAUCACAUGGACGGAUCCGCCCAUAGGAUCUUGGAACUGUGAUAGCAUAACUAUAUACUUAAUUCGAUUCACAAGUUUAAAGUAUGGAAUUGCUCCGAGAGUCAUAAAAAGGGAGGGAAACACUGCCAAGUUUCUUACUAUUCAAGAUCUCGAACCAGCAACCACUUAUUGUGUUGAUUUAAUGUUUCAUACAAAUAAAGGCUUCAUUAGCCCGUAUUCGGAUAGAAAAUGUGUCACUACACCAGAGACAAAACCACCACCGCCGAAGAAUUUAAUGCUAAAGAAGCGACUGAGUACUUCAGUUGUUGUAAGCUGGGAACAACCGGAUAAUCCCAGAGGUAAUAUUACAAAAUAUCGGAUCAUGUACUGGGGAAUCAGCUCGACAGCGAUAGGAUUGGAGGUGAAAUCCUCCAGGUACUACAAUGAAUACACUAUUACGGGUUUGAAGCCAUACACGAUCUAUAAACUGCAGGUUCGUUCAAUUAAUGGUGCCGGUAUCGGACAGUCCGGAGAAGUGCUUUCUUUUACCACUGACCAGUCUUUACCCGGCCCGGUAGGAAUGUUCAAGAAUAUAAGUAGAACAUUCAAUUCCAUUACACUUCAGUGGAGUGAACCACCGCACCCCAAUGGAAAUAUUCUGUUCUUCAUGCUCUCCUGCCAUUCUGCUGACAGUAUGAUGAAGAAUAAGCCAUAUUCAGGAGGUGUCUUUAAGAUACCUUCAAAAGUGUUUACUCAAACGGUAGAAAAUUUGCAUCCAGCGACUGAGUACGACUGUAGUAUUAAUGCCAGUACGAGUAAAGGAAGUGGACAACGGCGACAGUUAAUUGUAUGGACUAAAGGAAAAGCCCCACUCACACCACACAAUCCCAAGAUAAUAAAUCACUCCGACAAUUCAGUGACCGUUGAAUUGAAACCUCGAUAUGAUAAAGACAUAAGUUUCUAUCGUUUGAUAGUGGAGAGAAUUACUAACGAUCAUGGCAGAAAGAAACGUUCUUUGCCAGCUAAAAUUGCCGAUGUAACUGCGGACUAUUACUCUGCUCUCAAUUCUAACGACAACUGUUAUGUCACUGCCCAAUUCCCACCCUCCAAUGUUCGAAGCCCAUUCAUGAUCGGGGAUAACUUGACCUACAGUAAUUACUUCAACGGUCCUCUACAACCGGACUAUGCCUAUAAUAUAUGGUUUGGAGCAUUCUCAACAGUGGAUGGGGCUAUCCAAAAGUCCUUUGCCAAAACAUCAGCUCCUCUGAACAUGCGAAGAGUCGAUUCUGUGUCUCCAAGCAGUCAUAUAUCAGUUAUUAUUGGUGUCAUCGUCGUAUUCGUUUUCCUCAUCAUUACUUUCGCCAUUUUACUUAUGAUAUGGAGGCGAAAGCAUCUGACGGCGGAGCGCGAAAAGGCGGAUAUGCCGUCUUUUGGACCGACUAUCUUACCGGAGCCAGAUACAUCUCCACCGUCUACGCCCAUUGGUAAGAACGUACAAGCAAUAUUUUCCAAAAACUUUGAAAUUGAACCCCUUAUAGAAGCAGCUGUGACAACAGACACGAAUGAACCAGUGUACGGCAAUUUAGGAGUGACAAUUCCAUCUGUGAAAGUGGAAGACCUGUGGGAUUAUAUAAAGCGGAAUAAAGAAAAUGACAUGGAAGGUUUAAAGAAUGAAUAUAAGCUCACGCCAGCAGGACUCACAGCAAAAUGCGAUGUAGCAAAGAAAACGGAAAAUAAAAUGAAGAACCGAUAUGGUAAUAUUGUAGCAUAUGAUCAUACAAGGGUAAAGUUAAACAUUGAAGAUGAUCCACAUGACGAUUAUAUUAAUGCUAACUAUAUAGAUGGUUAUGAAAAAGAAAAGGCUUACAUUGCAGCUCAAGGUCCUAACCGAUCGACGUUAAAUGACAUUUGGCGAAUGGUUUGGCAAGAAAAUUCUAAAACAAUUAUAAUGUUGACAAAUCCUACAGAAACUGGAAAGCGCAAAUGUGACCAGUAUUGGCCCGAUGAAGGGACGCAAGUUUCAUCAGGAAUUUCAAUUGAAUGUCUAAAUGUAGAUAAAUUGCCUGAUUUUACGAUACGCACAUUCCUUUUACAAAUGAAUGGGGUAUCGAAAAUCGUCAAACAAUUCCAUUACACCACUUGGCCAGAUCACGGUGUACCAAAAUUUGGUAAUUCACUAAUAUUAUUCCGGCAGAAAAUACGAGCGUUUGACCGGCUCGACAAUGGACCAGUUAUUGUUCAUUGCAGUGCCGGGGUUGGACGCACCGGAACAUAUAUAGCGAUCGAUGCUCAAUUAGAGCAAGCCCGCGAGGAAGGAAUUGUUGAUGUGCAUAAUUUUGUACAGCAUAUGAGACGACAGAGGGUCAACAUGGUGCAGACUUUGGAGCAAUAUGUGUUCGUAUAUGACGUACUAUUAGAGGCGUUGUUAUGCGGGGAUACAACGAUAUGCUGUGAUUCGUUUCCAUCCUUUUAUGCCAGUCUAUGCGAGUUCGAUCCCAGCAUAGGAAAAAGUAAACUGGAGGAACAAUUUGAGAUUUUGCGGCUUAUAUCUGCAACAAUGGAUAGAGAUGAAUCAACAUCUGCUUUGCGACCAGAGAAUAUUUUCAAAAAUAGAUGUAAAAAUAUUACACCAGCCAACAGAUGUCGGCCGUAUCUAACAACGCCUGCUGACGAGAGCAAUGAUUAUAUAAAUGCAGUGUUCCUUAAUAGUUACAAGAAGCGAGAUGCCUUCAUCGUCACUCAGAUGACACUCCCUAACACAGUUGUAGACUUCUGGCGCCUAAUAUACGACCACAAUUCUUCUACUAUUGUCAUGUUGAAUGAAAUAGAUGAAAAAGAUGAGAGUUGUGAAAUGUACUGGACUUUGGAUACCUGCGGUGAAAACUAUGGACCUUUCAUAGUUGAAACAACAGCAGAAAUUAAAUCUCACCCGAGUAUUACUGUUCGUGAUUUUACUAUUACCAACACAAGGAAUCCACAAGAAGCUCCGCGAAUUGUUCGGCAAUUCCAUUUUCAUCGCUGGUCUGAAGGGGACAACUUCCCCAACUCAAAACUAGCUCUGGUAGAGCUGCUGGAUAUGGUUGAGAAAUGGCAACAUGAAACAGGGGAUUCACUCCCUGUCACAGUUCAUUGCAUGAAUGGUGCUAGCAGAAGUGGACUGUACUGCGCUAUAAGUUGUGUACUGGAGAGAAUUAAUGCUGAAAAAGAAGUAGACGUCUUCCAGGCGGUGAAACAACUUAGACUGAAUCGGUCCCAACUUGUAGACAAUUAUGAGCAGUUUCGAUUCUGUCACGAAGUAGCCUUGGAAUACAUACAAGAUUGUUAUCCAAACUACACGUGACUCUGGCCUCAAUAAAGAGUAACUCUGCUUCCUCUCUUCCCGCGCUUCUUCCAAGAUGACUGAAAAAGGUUUAUGCUGCUGAGAAAUAAUGGAAAACUGAAUAAAAAGUGUAUCUAAUCUAAAACAAAACCAAUUACAUUUUUAUGCAACAAGCCUUCCUAUAGACAGUAAAAGAACAUAUGACAACAAUCAAAAUAAGUAUUACAACAAUAUUGUUGUGAUAUUUUCCUCUGGGACAGAAAGGAAAUUAAUAUACAUAUUCAAAUUGAAGAAAGAAUAUUAUUUGACAAUAUUAUGAAAUGUUUUUUUUUUUUCUAACAAGUUUAAUAAUGCUUUCUUUUUCUACCAAAGGACCACAUUUAGAGUGAUUAGAUUCAAUGGAAUCCACUAUAAGACCAACAUUUAUAUUGCUUCAUCGUAAGUAGCAUUCAUCCUACACAAAUAGCAGGAGACCAAUAUUUAUUACUUUCUCAUUAAAAUAAUUUAUCAUCUGUUAAAAAAAAAAAAUACAAAAAACAAAACAAACGAAUUAAACUAAAAUAACAUAAAAUUAGACUGAUGAAAAGUCACGAAAGCAGCAAGUUUAUUUGUACUAAUUUUAAAUCCAUUACAUUUUAUUCGAAAUGCUAGUAAAUCCCACCCAGUUCUGUAAAAACAAAAUUAUAAAAAAUCCGCAAAGCUUGUUUUCCCGACCACCAUCACCAACAGGAAGUGUGACAUGAAUAAAAGUUCACGGAAGAGCAACGUUGAGUUUGUGUUGGAUGUAUCUCUCCAAAACUUUCCAAUGUUGGACAUCAGUUGCAAGAGCGCACAAAAUAUUGAGGAAAGCCAAACGUUUAUAUCAGUCCAUGUGUGAUUAAAAAUACAUCAAACAAACUAAUACAUUAAAGAAUUGGUGGUGAUCAGGGUUAUGAUGAUGAUGUAUGUCGUUAACGAAGAAAUUUGCUUCACAAGAAUGUUAUAAAUGACAAUGUUGAUGGCGAUGAUGAUGGUGAUGAUGAUGGUGAUGAUGAUGACAGACGAUAAUAAUAAUUUCUUAUAUCUUUUAAAUUUUAUUUUGCUGAAAGAUAAUGAAAAUUGAGUUAUAUUUGAUUUUUCUUCCCAACGAAUCGAGCUAGCAACUUAUAAUAUUGACGGAUUUCUCUCUCUCUCUCUCUCUUCAAUUAAUACGAAAUAUUUUCAUGAAAGUAAAGCGUCACGUUUACUGGAAUAUUUGUAACACUUUCAAUAAUAGUAGACACGUUAAAAAGGAAUUGUUAAAUAAGAACAUAACUUUACCUGUUAAACUCACUUAAGGAAAGGUAUUAUUAUCACUUGUAUUGUUCCCUUGAUAACCUUAUGAGUGAUUAAUUUCUACAUAUUUUUUCUUGUUAUCACUAAAUUAUAGUUACCCAAAGAUUUCCUUAAAUUUAGUUUUUUCUGGAUACAUAUAUAAUGGCAUCACAUUUCCCCCCACGCAAUCACACAUGCGUAUUCAAUCAUAUACAAAUACUUAGAAACGUAACGGAAGUCAUAGCACAAAAAUGGAAUAAUGUAUAUUUGCAUGGGUUCUUCUUCUCCUCCUCCUUCAGUAUAUGAGGAAAUCUGUCUACAAUAUUUGAUGUUAUAGCAUGACGUUUGUUUAUAUAUAUAUAUAUAUACUUACACACCUAUAUGUGUUUGUGUACAUAUACACACAUAUAUUCAUAUGUGUGUGUGUAUAUAUAUAUAUAUAUAAAGGUUUGUUUCCGAUGUGAUAUACCAAAAUAUUUUAGCCGUCAUUGCGUUCGGAAAUUGAAUAAAUUCACUAAAUACAAAAAAUAGACGUAAUCGUAUGUCAUGUUUAUAGAAUUUCACUUUAGACAGUAUGUGUGUCUCUCUCUCUCUCUCUCUGUAUGUAUGUAUGUAUAUAUACAUAUACUCAAUUAAAAAACAAGAAAAGAAAAAGUUAUAUAUAUGCAUAUACAAAAACACAUCCCUAUGCAUAUAUAUUAUGUAUGUAUAUAUCAGAUAUAUAUCUAUGCACACACAGUGACGCACACUCAUAUAGGCUUGUGUAUAUAAAACUUCUCAGAUUAUUUCUCUGAAUUUCUUAGUGCUGAUCUUCGACGGAAAAUGAAGUAUUUGGAUUAAUAUGAUGAUAAUGAAGAAUUUAUAAUAAGCGCAUAUCCUCAACUAGUUCUAAGGAGCUUGUCCACUUAAUGAUAUUGGUAAAAUUGUGGAAAGAUUGGGUAAUUCGAAUAAUUGUUUGCACAAGUAUUAAAACAUGUAGAAAAUAUAAAAUAUAGAAAUAAACCUUUGGAAAUAAAUGACGGUACUGGAUACAUUGUAUUUCAGAGAACGCAAUAUUUCUAAAUUGUUUUAUUUACCAAUAAAUUCUUAAAUAAAUACGUUACAGUAGAGCAGAGAAAGAAAGUGAAAAAAAUUUGAAUGAUAUUGAAAGGUCGCCAACGGAGGUAAAUCAGGUGAUACAGAAAUAUAACGUAUUUAUUUAUAGACGCAAUUUAUAUUUUCUGCAAAUUUUUAUAUUUAUGCUAAUAGUUAUUAAGUUUAACUAACGAUAUAUUGAAUUUCCAGGGCUCCAACAGAGCCUCAUUUAAGAGUGUGUGUUUUUGUCAAACAAUUCCAAAAAAGUGAUUUGACAUAUUCGUAUUGUACUAUUAAAUUCCGUUUUUCGUUCAAAGAUCAGCAACAUUAAAACCAGAGUAAUAACUUGUGAUGAUUUCAAGUUCAAAGCUAAUCUAGAAUUUCAUUUUAGCAUUCAUUACAAUAUAGAUAACACUUAACUACACACACACAUGUAUAUAUGUGUGUGUGUGUCUGUGUGUGUGUGUGUGUGUGCGCGCGCAUCGGUGCGACUAUGCAUAGCUCAGAUAUUUACGUAUAUACAUACAUACUUACAUAACAUGUUUGUAAUGAUGUCUAUGAUGUAUGUGAUAAGAUAUAUAUUUGAAUGUGCGUGUAUAUGUAAAUUUUAAAUGUGUGUACAAUUUAUGUGUGUAUAUACACAUAUUUACAUAUAUACGUAUGCUGAUUGUGUGUGUGUGUGUAAACUAUAUGUAAAUAUAUUGAAGAAGCGCAUAGAUAUUGAAAGAUGUAUAUUUAAAUAUAUAAAUACAUUAAUAUAUAUAUAUAUUUUCAUAUACGAACGCAUAAAUGGGUGUAUACAUGCCUCUAUGUGUGUGCAUUUAUAUCUGCUUAUACAUGUAUAUAUUCCUGUAUGCUCAUGAAAAUACGAAUAUAUUUACAUAUUCAUACCUAACUAGAUACUGGACAUAUAUAUUGCAGAUAUGAACGUCAGUAUAUAAGUGGAAUGUUGACAGAUAAAUAUAUAUCCGAUGCAAUCAAAUGCAUAUAAGUAUGCAUAAACUAUGAAUAUUGUCGCUUGUUGUGUUUAAACAUCUGUUGUGUAUAGAAGUUGAUAUUACAGAUAUGCCUUAUCAUUAUUAAUUAUUUGUUAAGUUUUCUAACUGAAUACAUAUUCAUAUCUAUGUGUAUAUGUGUAUGCAUGCAUGUACGUAUACAUACAUAUAUAUACACCGAUAUAAGCAUGUAUAUAUAUAUAUAUACACAUAUGCAUUAUAUGCAUUUGUGUGUGCAUAUAAAUAACCUGAAGUUUAUUACCCCUGACUGCAAGUUUCUUCUUCCAGUGACCACAUCUUGUUAUAUUUGUUUCGUUGUUUUGGUUGAUUCUCUCUUAAUUGCUUGAGUUCUUCAUUUGUUUCAUUCAUCAUCAAAAUCAUGAUUCGAAGCGAGUCUGAGAAAGCCUCUUGGGUGAUAUCUAGUAAAGUUUUUAUCAAGUGAAAGCCGGGUAUGUCCGAAAGGAAAUCGAUACAUGAACCACAUUGACACAUCUACUGAUUGAUGGUAUCAAUACAUUGUUGCCAAACACAAAACUGAUCGGAUGAUUUCAAAAUGAAAACUAAAACAAACAAAAAAAGAAAGAAAAAGUUAAAUAAAAUAAAAUAAAAAUGAAAUAAUUACAAUAUUACAAAUAACAUUAUUAAUAAUAACAAUAAUACAAGAAAUAUUUUUUGUUGAGAAUGUUUUCCUUACAAACAUGUUAUAUACGUUCUUGAUAUAUACCGCGCAUGCAUUUCAUUGAAUGUACACCAUACAACAGAAUAUUCUAUUCAUUUUGUCAAAAUGAAAUAAAGAUUAACAAAUACAAAAUUAAGAAACAAAUCUA